AUGCGACGGAGUGCCUCAAAUGCAAAACUUGUGCAGCAGCACGAAAAGCGAAAAGCCUCCAGAGAGGCGAAAUCAUCAUCAACGCGGUUCGGUGCAAAACAAAGUCGUUUUCAACUACGCCAAGAAGAGUUGCGAGCUCAAGAGGCGUUACAGUCAGAUGCAGCGACAGCCACCAAUCGCACAGGAGCACCAACACUUCCAAUGCCAGCAGGAACAACAACAGCGACUGCAGUAGGGAGAUUUGACCGGUUUGGUGGUGAUCGCCCACUACAGUCAAGAGCAACGACAAGCACAACAACAGCGACCUUUGGUAUUGCUCCACCGCGGCGUGCUGGUAUGCACACGGUGGAAUCACGCAGUACGCGUCGUGCGGAUAAGUUCCGUUUGGCAGACAAUGAAGAGCAGACGAAGAAUAACAUGUCGUCCACUUCACGGCAACUAGGAACUGGGCUUUUGGGAGCUACACGUCGCACAAGAGAAGAGAUGGAGAACGGCGACAACGGCGGUAAUAAUAAUAAUAAUAAUAAUAAUAAUAAUAAUAAUAAUAAUAAUAAUAACCGCAGUUAUUAUGACAUCGAGGGAAGUAUGAAUGAGGCGGAGGCACCACAACGGAAAAAGACACGUGAGGAGCGUUUCCAAGAGGUGAUGGCGAACAGCAAAGAUCACCGAGCCCAAGCACGUCGUGAUCGUGAAGAGCGUGAACAACAGACAACCGCAAUUGACGCAGAGUUCAAUGAUGUGAUGCAUCUUCUUCAACGGAGAGAUAAGGUACAGGAGGAGCGUGAUGCUUUUGCACAGUCUGGUACACCGGAAGUACGGGCAUUACUGGAGUCCUUCCACACGAACCGCGUGGCGAAGGUGUUGUCACUCCGAAACGAUGGUAGUUUUACCGUCGCCCCCCUCGCCGACACUGGAGCAGCAAAAAAAGGAAAAUCAACAUCAACAAAGACUGUAACCAAAGGGGAGCGAACCCAAAAGGAUGGUUCCUCGUUUUUGGAUGAGGCGGAUAUGGCCUUGCUGCAAAAAGUACGUCAAGGGGCAAUUGACAAAGAGGCGGAGGCAGCAUUAGCAGCUGGUACACUACCACCACCACCACCACCAUCAACAUCAACAUCAUCAUCGCAGCGCGUGGCGGAGCGAGAAGAGACAAAGGGAGGUAAUAGCUCUGUUAGUCACCCAAAGAACAUUAUCAACAACAAUGAUGAUGCUGACGAUUUUGACCGUAUGAUGCAGUCUAUGCGACAAGAGACACGCCGAGCGCAUGCUGCCGAUCGUACUCUAACGGAAGAAGAAGAACAACAACAACAACAUCAACAAGCACUACUUGAGAGUGAUCGUGGUGCUGUUCCAUUAGUUUCCCAAAACGAUGAACAGUUGACAAAAGCGGAGUGGGUAAGCCGUGGUGGUGAUCAUGCAUACCAAAUGGAUGAUGAUAACGAUGCUGAGGCAGAAGAUGAUCUUGACAUCUCCUCCGCCUACGACAGUGACGAGGGAAGAGAGCAGCAGGAUGGUGAUAUGAGUGAAGAAGAAAACGACGAAGAAUCUAAGACAAUACCAGAGGAUGGGGCUCCUACAUCAGGAACAGCAACAAAACGAGAGGGAGUGACGGGAGAGCUAGAGGAUAUUUUGGCUGCAAUGGAGUCACUCAGUCGUGAAACGAAUGGAUCACGUGCUUCCCGUUUGUCGCGUGGGAAAACAUAUCACGCAUUGCUUUUACGUUUGUACCAUUACGCGCGUAAACAUGUCUUGCACACAGCCCAGACAUUCCGUCUUCUUCUUAUUGAUGCUCAACGUGCAUUUUUACAUUCUGGAACAGUAGAUCAGACAACACUCCUUUUACUGCAUGCCGCCUCCCGCAUCUUUCCCAUGACAGACUACCGUCAUGAAGUGACUACACCAUUUCUACUCUUUCUCAGUUCCACGCUACUGCAGAUGCGUCUCAAAACACUUGCCCAUGUACGGGUGUACGCCGUACUCGCUGGACUACUUUGUAACAGUGUAUUGGCAGGUGGGAAAUUCUGCGCUGAAGCUAUUAUUGCACCACUGAACAUCAUCUCACUACUUCUUCCGCGUGUUGUGCUGGAACCUGUGCGACUGCAAGGGGUAUGUGUGCCAUUUCCUUUACUGGAACGUGGUGUAAGUGAUACGGAGGCUUUGCUUUCUCUGCAACAGACACAACCGCAAGAACAAGAAAAGAAUAGUAAGAAUAGUGGAAGUACGAGGGUUGGUGCUACUACAACAGAAGAGGAAAAUAAAGAAGAGGAGAAGGAGGAGGAACCGCUGCUACAGGCAACACUUGCGGUUUUAGAGACAGAUGUACAUGCAUCAAGCAUUGUACGUUAUGCUUACCGUCUACUCUCUGCACUGGCCGAUGCGUACCGCACCAUACCGGCCUUCUCCAGUUGUCUGCUUGAACCCUUCCUUGCACUACAUGAACGCCUUGCUGCAUCACACCUCUGGAAAACAUCAGCAUCCAAUUCAGACUCUACUUCCUCAUUUACUGCUGCUGUGCGUAAAGAUCAUGAUGCUCUUCUGGCACAGUUAACACAAUAUGCCGAUGCGAUGCGGGAUCGCCGCACGCCACUCGCUAUGCGCUCUUUCCGACCUCGCCCUAUUCGCCAGUAUGAGCCGCUCUUGCAGGAAUCACAAGAUAGCAGUAGUGCACUGAAGCGAGAAGUACGGGAAAUGCGGCGGGAGGUGCGGGAGGACCGCAAACGUCUCGUACGACAUCUGCAGGCGGAAGCACAUGUGGAACGACGCCAGCGUGAACACGCAGUGGCAGAAACGGAAGAGGAACGUGGACGAAAGUACCGCGAGUUGAUGGGUGCAUUACAGGCACAGCAGCAUGUGAUGAACACAGUGGAUGGACUCUUGUCAAAGGCGCGGUCAAAGAAGCGGCGCGGCAUCUCAGGUCAUGCGGGUAGGGAAGAUGAUGGUGAUAACAAUAAUAGUAGUUCUGCCGCAAUGUGA